AUGUCGGAAUCGCUUAAUAUUCCUGUGGUGCCCUAUUGGAAGGAUUGGGUUAAGCGCGGUGGAACGUGGGAAGACUGGAAAGCCAAACUGCAGUCCGUGAGAGCCGAGCUUGCUGUCUGGGAAAGUCGCACCGACCUCGAUCGUUCGUCCAAACGAUCAGUACAAAAAAGAAAGAUUGCUUGGGAAAAAGCAAAUGCUGUGAAUCACAUUGACUGGGCCAAAGCAGAUGAUCGACAAGUUCAAAACACGCGCCUUCUCCUCGAAACUCAGAGAUAUUCACUUCCCUCCUUCGCCAGCACAUACAAUACGACUGCACAAGGUGUCUUUUUUCCUUUGGAGGAGCGAAAGAGGUCAGCUACGCCGCCAUCCCAAACCCAAGACUUCAAGCGUCCCCGUCUGCUUCCUGGCACCGAAGACAGUGAUGACGAUGAUAGCGAUGACGUACUUGAAACGGAUACGGAUGAACAAGACAUGGAGAUUCCGGGAUUGGAGAAAGUCCUCAAAGGAUCAGAUAUCACUCUCCCAAAUGAUUUAACCAUCUCCAAUGUCAACUGUGCACGUCUGAUUCGGCUAGUAAUGCGUGAUAUUUUGUUGGAUCAGCAAAAGCCAGUGCAUGAUCGCACCUUCGCCAAGAAUGAUUGCGUGAAAAUAGUUUCUUUAAAAAGAGGAAUCCUACUCACAAAGCGUCUGCCGGAGGCAUAUGCGCCAUACAUUACAUGUCAAGAGUGGUCACAAGUGUAUCAGAGCAUGGCCCCCGAUACAUUUUGGGAUGUCAUUGCUCAGUCUCCAAGCACGUCCAUAGUUGAUGCAGUACAUGAAUUCGAGACGAGCAAAAUAAAUGAGGAAGAUUCAGAGACCUGUAGUAUCCCACCGUUCAGCGGUUUAGCCAGGGACGAAGCAGUCGCGUUGCAAGCCCUCUAUUCUCAUGUUGAUAUGGAUGCACCCGAGCCUGAACAUGAGGCAUCGUUCACUUCAAAGUACGUCAUGCCCCACUUUAAUAGACUUAAACAAAAGAGAUGGAAAAUGUUGCUCGACACUACUAUGGUAGAUCGCCUCCGUCCAGACAUUACCAUAAAGGCUGGUUCCCGACCUGUACUAUUGGUUGAGCUAAAGGCACCGUACGCGGCGAGCAGCAAACGCAAUCUUCAAUUGGGGGAAGGAUUGACACGAGGAUUGCAGUUUCUGAAGUCCGAUCUAGUGGAAUACGAUUGGGAAAGUCAAAAUCCCCAAAUCUAUACUGCUAUCGCUCCUGAUGGAGUUAAUUUUCAGAUUUACUCUAUCCAAAUCCGGGAGCAAAUCUGUUUCUUUGUACAGCUGGGGAAAAUCCCUAUCGUAACAUGUCUGGACAAUAUCGCCAACCUACCGCGUGCUUUAGUCGGCUUCACUCAUUUGAGGAGUAUAGUUGCCAGACACGUAGAGAAUAUUCGAAGUCAGAGCAAACGGAACGUAUUCCAUCCCCCGCCUGAAGCUCACACGACACCGGAUAAAAGUCGGCUGUUGGAAAACUUGCGCACAGUAUAUCCGUCAGCAAUCACACCAGACAAAUUAGUGGCAAAAAGAAGAGGUAGUGCUACAUGA